AUGUCAACGAGUAUUAAGAGACAAAUAUAUCCUUCCGAGGUCGAUGGUCCAAUCGAACGUGUGAUGAUAACUAAGAUUGUUGAAAACUUGAAGCCAUCUUUAUUGAAAGUUUCUAAUGAUUCAGCUAAACAUGCCCACCAUGCGGGUGUAAGAAACGCCACCAAUAAAAAAGAAUCUCAUUUCACCAUGGAAAUUGUAAGCGAUGAAUUUAUUGGCAAGUCCAUGCCAUCCAGACAUAGAAUUGUGUAUCAAAUUUUGGAUGAUGAAUUCAAAACUAAAGGCCUUCAUGCAUUAACGAUGAAAACGAAGACCGUAGAAGAAAUCAAUAAACUAGCUAAUAAAUAA